AGUCCAGUUGUGUACAGAGUGUGUUUGCUAUAAAGGUACACACUUCAAGCCUCUCAGACACAUUCAUCCUGUUAACCAUCGUAUUCGCUGUUGGUGUACACGUCCUCCCUGAAACCAUGGCCAAGGACAUGACUCUGCUGUGGGGUGCUGGCUCUCCUCCCUGCUGGAGGGUGCAGAUCGUUUUGGAGGAGAAAAACCUGCAGGACUGCAACCAAAAACUACUCUCCUUCGAGAAAAUGGAGCACAAGUCAAAAGAAGUGAUGGAUCUAAACCCCAGGGGACAGCUUCCAGUUUUCAAACAUGGGAACAUCAUCCUGAAUGAGUCCUAUGCUGCCUGUUUUUACCUAGAGAGCCAGUUCAAGUCCCAAGGAAACCAGCUGAUCCCAGACAGCCCCGAAGAACAAGCACGGAUGUAUCAACGCAUGUUUGAGGGUCUCACUUUGUUUGAAAAUUUCAAAUCUGCUAUGUUUUAUGACCGGUUUGUCCCUGAAAAUGAGAGGCAUGACUCCGCCCGGAAGAGAAACAAAGAAGCUCUGACCACUGAAAUCCAACGCUGGGAGGGUUACCUGCAGAAGCUGGGCUCGGGCUCUUACCUGGCGGGACCGUCUUUCUCCCUGGCCGAUGUCGUUGUCUUUCCAACGGUUGCCAUACUUUUCAGAUUUGGCUUGUGCAGCAAACGUUACCCUAAACUGGCAGAGUAUCAUGACAUGCUGAAGGAGCGGCCAAGCAUCAAAGCCAGCUGGCCUCCUAACUGGCUGGAGAACCCCAAGGGACAAGAGGCACUCGGUGACAUCUGAAAUACACGUUGCAAAAACGUUGUUUUAGCUUUCUCUUCAUAUAAGGCUUUGUCCUAAUAAAAUUCAUGCUUGUUGUAACUGAGUACAGAAUAAUACUUAUAUGAUAUUUUGUUGCUGUUGAAAAAGAAUGUACCAACCAUCUGUAUCAACCAUCGGUCUUGACUCAUAUGGAUUAUUAAUAAAGUUGUCUUUGUUA